AUGGAUGCGGGGCAGACAAAGCCCGGGCCAGCCAAUUUGGCGUUCGACGUCGACGCGCGCGAGGGAGAUGAUCUCCAGAGAACUGGUCGACGUCGAAGACAAAUUGUGCGCCCGCCCCCACCGCUGACUCCGGAUGGCGUGCACAUCCUCCACAAUCUUGACUGGUUCCCCAGCAUGAUGGGCGCUGUCAGGCUGUGGUGCUGCGGAGCAAAACUGUCAGGGUUCGUAUCUUGUGAGACGCUAUUGAAAUAA